GCUUAAUAGUCACUUCGAUGAUGUUAACACUUAAUUGCUAUAUUGUGUGGCAUGCUUAAAUAUAAUCUAGAUGAUUCAUUUGUUAACUAUGAUAAAAAAAAGUUGUUGGAGCUUGCUAUCUUUUAUCCUAAUGAGUUCUCCAAAGAUGAGAUCUUACAUCUUGACCUUCAUCAACUAGAUACUUAUAUAUUUUAUAUGAAGAUAGUUGAGAGGUUUACAUAAUUAAAGAAAUGGUUGAACUUUUUAGGCAAAUGGUUGUGUCAAAAUAACAUAUAUUUUCAUUGUUUCAACUAAUGAAAUUAGGAUUGUUGCUACAUGUUGCCACUGUCAAAAGAGCAUUUUUUCUGCAAUGAAUUUUUUGGUGGGUUAUAUUGAAGCCAAUAUAUAUUCUUGAUAAUUUGGAUGAUGAAUGUAUUUUAAACAAUAUGAAAACACGUUGUGGAUCACUGUAAAACAUCGAUGUAAAUUAUGUUAUCAUUUUUUUUAAGUUGGAGUAUGGACCCUCCUUAGCAAAACUCCUGACUAUGCUACUAUAAGUGGCCAUACUAAUUUAAUCACAUAAAACGAGAAACUAAUUGUUGACAACUCUCUCGACAAGGUGAAUGUAGCAGGGAUUAUAAAGGUUGGUUGGUUAAUCUAAAAAGUCAAAAAUUAGUAAUCUGAAUGAGCGACCCGACUUGAACCGUGCUAAUUGGGUAGAUGGAGGCUUUUUACUUGUAAUUUGACUUCAUCCAAACUCCUCCAAUGAAGACCUGUGAAAGUUUGAAGCAUGCAUGAGCGGAAAGGUUAAACGUACUUGCAACACUACUACUCUAGCCUACACCCAGUCUCACAUUGGACUUCCAUCCUCUAAUGCCAUUUUUCUGCCUUUCCGACUCUACAUUGAGCCCCCCUUCUUUAUCAGCCUGCGCCGCUACUACUGCUUUUUUUCUCCCGUCCAAGUUGUUUGACUUGUAUUCUGUUUUUUCCUUUCUGCACAGUGACUUCUUUUCUUUCUUCCAUCUCUCCUUCCGUAUCUUUCCGUGCUCAUCUAUUUUGUCCUCUCCCACCAUGUAAAAAUAUUCCCCGAAAUUCUUUUUUUGCCACCCAUAGCAAAGUAAUGCUCCAUGCAUAUAUAUCAGCAUAUGAUAAUUCGAGUCACACACACAGUGACUUGUUGAUUAAAUUAUUUCACGGCUGCCACUAUUGACGCGCUGACGCCGCACCUUCAUUACUAUAAUAACCAUAAGCUAGUUCUCGUCUCUAUAAAUAACCCACUCCCACAAAACCCUUCUCCCUAAGCUCUCCAUUACCUUCCUCGCUCCUCCUCUCCUUCACCAUAAAACCCAACUGCCCGCCCCACCUUCAGCUCCCAACAUGCCAAUGCUGCCCAACCACGCGGGCUCGGCCCGGGCCCGAGCCGUGUGGCAGCGGUGCCUGGCCUCGGCCUUCCGGACCGCGCUGGCCUGCACCAUCGUGGGCUGCGCCACGCUCUACGGGCCCGCGGCCUUCAAGCGCCAGGUGGCCUUCCCGGCCUUCUCCUACGUCACCGUGAUUCUCAUCGUCACCGACGCCACCCUGGGGGACGCGCUGCGGGGCUGCUGGCUGGCGCUCUACGCCACGGUCCAGACGGUCUGCCCGGCCGUGCUCACGUUCUGGAUGGUCGGACCGGGCCGGUUCAGCGGGGCAACCAUUUCGCUGGUCGUGGCGGUGAACGCGUUCGUCGUGGCGAUGCCGGAAGGGACCCACGUGGUGGCAAAGAGGAUCGCGUUGGGCCAGAUUGUGAUCGUCUACGUGGUGGGCUAUAUUAACGGGGUGGAGACGCAGGCGGUCAUGCAUCCGCUGCAUGUGGCGGCCAGCACCGCCGUCGGGGUUGUGGCUUGUGUUCUAGCUCUGUUGCUGCCAUAUCCGAGAUUGGCCUGCUGGGAGGUGAAGAAAAACUGCAAGCUGGCGGCUGAAAAUGCUUCCGAGAGGCUGAAAUUAUACGUGAAAGCGUCUUGCGCCGAUGAUAAGGCUUCAGCCUCUGCCUCCCUCACCAGAGCCAAAGCUUUGGCUUCUGAUGCACCCAAAUUCCUCCAAAAGAUUAGGCUCCACCAGGAAAGCAUGAGAUGGGAAACUUUUCCUUUGAUCCUGCUCCGGCAGAGUCCUCCGCCGAGCCCCGUACCCAAGUUGCAGGAAGUUGAGAUGCUUCUAAGAGGAAUGGAAAUGGGUUUAGUAGCUGACACUACUGCUAAUAGCAGCUCCUCGAUGUUCACCGACGGAGAAUCCAAACAAAGCUUGUUGCAGUUACAAGAACACAUCACUCGAGCAAUCAAGCAGGUGGCCAGAACGAAUUCCUUCCAUUCCGAUUCUUCUCCCACCGUCCCCGAAUCGAAUGCCGAUGAUGUCACGAGCUCGCUUGAGAAGAUAACCAGAACAAUCCCAACCAGCCCUGCCGAUCUGCCAUCAUUUUUCUUCUGUCAAUGUGUCAAACACCUUGUCUGCAUAUCUUCACCCGAAGCAAAACCGGUCGCCGUCGAACAAGCAAAGGAAGGGUCAAGUACUCCUCCAUCGAAGGGAAAUGGGUUCUUGUUGAAUGCUUGGAAGAGUGUGAGCUUCGGCAGCAAAAACAGAGUUUUGCCGGCGGUCAAAUGCUCCGUUUCUCUAGGCAUGGCUGUCCUGUUUGGGUUGAUGUACAGCAAGGAAAACGGGUACUGGUCGGGUCUCCCCGUGGCGAUCAGCUUGGCCGCCACCGUCAGAGAAGCGACGUUCACCGUCGCAAAUGUUAAAGCACAAGGCACCGUGUUGGGGACUGUCUAUGGCGUCGUGGGUUGCUUCGUCUUCGAACGGUUUUUACCUGUCAGGUUCAUGUCUCUGCUUCCGUGGUUCGUCAUCACCAGCUUCCUCCGCAGGAAUCGGAUGUAUGGCCAGGCGGGUGGGAUCUCCGCCGUCAUCGGAGCGAUACUCAUACUAGGUCGGAAAAACUUCGGCCCCCCGAGCGAAUUUGCGAUCGCGAGAAUCAUCGAGACCUUCAUCGGGCUAUCUUGUUCGAUUUUCGUGGAUCUUCUGCUCCACCCUACUAGAGCCGCUUCUUUGGCUAAACUUUCGCUCUCUGAAAGUUUUGCCGCAUUGGGUUCGGCCGUUGACCUCUUAAGCCUCCGCGGCGACGCAUCCACGGCAUUGUUGGAGAGCCACAAGAGGUUGAAAUCUGAGGUGGAAGAGCUGAGGAAACUAGUUGGGGAAGCUGAAUUGGAACCAAACUUCUGGUUUUUGCCUUUCCCCAGUGCUUGUUAUGGCAAGCUGCUAGUAUCAUUGUCGAAUAUGGCGGAUCUAUUGCUCUUCAGUGCCAAAUUAGGGGUUGGAUUCAUCGAAUCAGAAUCGCUCAGGCUCGGAGAUUGUGAUGCAGCAGAAAAUACUCGAAAUGGUGUUGUGGCUAACCUAGAUGUCGACCUUAAAUUCUUCAAAGAUGCGAUGGUUCCGUUUGUAAAAUGUUUCGAGGAGGUCACGAAAUUGAAGUGUUCCAUUGCAAUGCUUGACGAAGACUUGAAAAGGAAGAACGAGGACAUCGGAUGUGAUUUGGAAUCAGGGAAGCUACCGAAUCAGAAUGCAUUUAAGGUGAUGGAUGCAAGUCGGGAAAAUGAGAGAAGGAACAUUGUGGAUUGCUAUCUGGGGCAUGUGAAAGAGAUUGUAGAGAAGUUUAACAACGUGGGAAAUGAAGAAGGAAAUGGGAGGGAAAUGGCAAUGUUCGGAUUGGGGGUGAUUGGUUUUAGCAUUAGUGGUUUGAUAAGAGAGGCGAGAGAGGUUGAGAGAUGUGUUACUGAACUUGUGCAGUUGGAGAAUCCUUCUUGCCAAGUGAAUUUAUUUGAGAUUUAUUGUAUGAUUAAUGUAUCACAAAAGUUGAAUUGAGUAAGUUGAAAAUUUGAUACUUACUAAUACAAAAGAGGGGGAAAGACGCAUUACACAAGAUUCGGUGCCUCCAAUAUUAUGCUUUAGUCCUUAAACGCAAAACAUCAUUCAUCCAAUUAUAUUGAUUCGAUGUCCUUUAAAAGGUUGAUAAAACAAGGCAAAAUACACUUUCAUAGCCAUAACUAUUCGCGUUAUGACAAAUAUAGCCACUUUUUGAAAAAUAUACUCUUAUAGCCACUUUUUCAAACUUGCUUGACAGCUUUAGCCAUUUCCGUUACAAACUUUAACCUCGUCACUAACACCGUCAAUAACCUCUACGUGUCACUAAGGUGGAUGCCACCUGAACGACACGUCGUCGCCAACUGGACGUCUUUAUGCCAGGUCAUAUUAAAAAAAUUAACAAAAAAAAUAAUUUUACUAAAAAAACAAAAAAAAAUUCAAUGAGGAUUUGAUGGUGAAAAUGGUGUCGGUGGCGGCAACGAUUAGGGUUAUUCAUUUUAUGGAUCUGGAAUUUUUCAAGGAGAAAUUUCAAUAGAGAUUAGAGUUCUUCAAUUUCUAGAUCUGGAAUUUUCGCCGACGAGAGGUGAGGGGAGGUCAGAUCGAGCAAGACGAGGAGAGAAGAAUAGGAACGGCCGUCAGUCCCAUGUUGCCCACUCACCGCUUUCUACUUCUCCUAGAAGUUAUCCCUGUUGCCUACCGUGGCCCCCUCCCUAGCUCUAAGGCAAAAUUCCCCAGCGGCGAGAUCUGGAUGGUUGACUUCCACGGAUCGACGACCUUUUUCAGCUCCGGACAGCACCGCCAUCGCUUUUCAUUCUUAGUCAACAGUUUCUCAAUCUCGUCCCUUUUCUCCUCCACAACGAAGCUCCUCUCGAUCAUACCCCUCCUUAUCCUCCAAUCAUCAUACCCCUAAUCUCCAAUCAUCAUACCCCUCCUUAUCCUCCGGUUCUCUACAAUAGGUAUUAAGUUGCUCUGCAUAGCAAGCAAUUGCCCAUCGUACCUACUAUAGGGUUUCAGCGGCAGAGACGAGCCCCGCCCCCGCCGCCGUUAUUGGAGGAAUCAGAAUCAUAACCAGGGGAAGAAACGUUAGAGAUAUAUCUACCGUGGGAGAUGAUCUGGGCUGGAUUUCCACACGGUGGCACCGAUGUCGUCGAUUGCCUGGCCGACGGUCUCGACCUUCUUCAUUUUCUUGUUCGCUGGGAUAAGGAGAAUGAGCUUGUGGGUGCCGUCGUCGAUCUGAAGUGAUGGUGGAGGGAUUUUAGUGAGAAGGGGAAAAGAAGAUGAAAAGGCGUGCACGGUUUCCAUUUUAUUUAUUGUUAUUGUUAUUUUUACAUUUUCAUGUUUAUAAUAAUAACUUAAUAAGAAAGGAAAUUUUCACCUAGGAUUGAUUUAAACAAAAAAAUCGCCACGUCACUAGAAAACGUUAGUACAGUCAACAUUUAUGAUAUUGCCGUUAAAGUUUUGGAAGGAAUGGCUAUACAAGUGUAUUUUUCAAAAAGUGGCUAUAUCUGUCACAACGCGAAUAGUUAUGACUAUAAAAGUGUAUUUUGCCAUAAAAUAACAAACUUAGCACCCACUAAAACCUUUGCCAAUAUACUUUGCCAAUAUAAUUUUGUGGCUGCUGGGAUUCGAGCCCAGGUCAUCACGGCCACAACGUGAUAUUCUAACCACUAAACUACAGCCACAAUUUAUUCAUGCUCAAAGCUUCAAAAGGGGAACAGUAUGGCACAUUCUUAAGCCCACCCACCCACCCUUGAUUUGGAAUCAAUCAUAUGUAUGGUUUGAUAGUCUACCUCCUUCUUUGUGACUCGUCGUGGAGGCUGAAAAUGCCCAAACUUGUUUAACUUUGCAAAAGUUAGGGUCUUUUUUAGUAAGAGAACUUAGUUCUAUUCUAGUGAUCAUGGUGGUUUAAUUAGUGUCAUACUCGUAUCGUAAUUAAAGUCAUGUUGAUUU